CUCUUUUAUUUUUUUUUCUGUAAAAAUUUAAAAGAGAGAAGCCAAAAGGAAUAAACAAACCCUCUUUCAUUAGCAAUCUUUACUUUUUUUUGCUUUUUUUUUUUUUCAUUCACAUUUCAAUACAAACACAAUGGCUUCUGCUAUUCCAUUUCCUUUACGUGAACCCAACAACAAAGAUGAAGGGAAACCUAAAGCAUUUCAACCCAAUCUCAAUAUAAACUUGAUGUGUCCAGAUUGCAAAUUGACUCCACCACACAUUGUUGAAGAGUUUGCUUCUGGCGAUUUAGUAUGUGGUGAUUGUGGACUUGUGCUUGGUGACCGAAUCAUCGACACUCGAUCGGAAUGGAGAACAUUUGCUAAUGAUGAAGGAGAUGAUCCCUCUCGUGUAGGUGCUGCAGCAAAUCCACUACUGGACGGUAACCAGCUAGAUACGGUUAUUUCCAGAAGAGACGGUGGAACAGGUGCGGCUAAGGACUUGAACAAGGUCCACGGAAGAGCUACAGCUGUUAAAGGUGAACGUAACCUUGUUCAAGCAUAUAAAGAGAUUGGCGCCAUGUGUGAUUCAAUCUCACUCUCAAAGAUUGUGAGUGACACAGCGAAGCAAUUAUAUAAACGUGUGGAAGACGAAAAACUAUUACGAGGAAAAUCAAGUGAUGCUAUCAUUGCUGCUUGUAUCUUUAUUGCCUGUCGUCAAGAAAAAGUCGGCCGUACGUUCAGAGAAAUCUGCGCCUUGACACGUGUACCUAAAAAAGAGAUUGGACGCUGUUGUAAAUCACUUCAAUUGAAAUUACAAACCAACACAACAAUUAUGAAUUCAGAAGAUCUCAUGCUUCGUUUCUGCUCUAAUUUGCAAUUACCAAACUAUGUUCAGAAAGCAGGUAUUGACUUGGUGAGACGGGUAAAAGAUCUUGGUACGCUCGCAGGUAAAUCACCUAUCUCAGUGGCAGCUGCCUGUAUCUAUCUUGUUUCCUACCUUUAUCGUCAACCUAAAUCAACAAGGGAAAUUGCUCAUGUGGCUGGUGUAUCUGAAGUGACGAUCAAGACGGCUUAUAAAACACUUUAUGCAGAAAAAGAAAGUUUGUUAGAUAUAAAUGCCUUGAAACAAAGACCUGGUGGCGAAGAACUAAGUCUUGAAGAUUUAGCUUUGCCUUAAUAUCAAUAAAAUGUGUGAAUGAAAAAAAAAAA